AUGACACGGAACUCUGCUGCCAGACGUUCUUUGUGGGGCUCUAUCAGGGGGAUCAGCAAGCUAAAGGAGGCAGAGGAGGACACUAUGAUACAGCGACGCAAACAACCGUCUCAGGCGGCGCCCAGCAACAAGCGGCAUUCAAUGGUGGUGAACAUGGACGACUUCAACGCCCUGAGUCGUAUCUACAGGCUGGAAGACAAACGAACCACAGAGAACAAGGAAAACAUAGGCGUGAAACGCAUCAAGCGCCGUUCGAUAUACGAGGACGAGAGUGACUCGUCGCAGUCGGAAGACGCAAACACGACGGUCGACUCUGGCACGGUUCUGGAGCACCUGGACGGCGACACGAACGACGCGACCACGCUGCUAGACUCGGCAUUUGACGACUACAAAAUAGCACUCCAGGCAUUGUCCAUCGAGGACACAGUAAACCAGGAUAACAAACUCAAAAAGAGCAGCGCCGACGGGGCUACCUACUGA